AUGGCCACGAUGAACUGGAGGGAGUUGGCUCGCCAGAAGCCCUGUGAAAUUGUCCUCACUGGCGAGAAGAUAUCUCAGCAACUAGAAGAUGAAGGGGGUCAGCUGAAUGAGCUCAUUUUCGGCAUUAGGAGCCUCAACUUUUUAGAUAUCACCCAAGUGACAACGCUAAAGUCGAUCUCUCCUAGCAUCGGAAAGCUGCAUGGUAAUCUUACCAAUUUGGUUCUUCAAGGAAAUAAGCUACCUUCAAUACCUGAUGAGAUUGGAAACUUGCACAAACUAAAGACACUUGAUCUCUCUCGAAACGCACUGACGCAGCUGCCAGAAGGAUUGUUCGCCAAGCUUUCCAGCCUACAGGCGCUAAAUGUGGAGCAGAAUCAACUGGAGACACUGCCUGACAUGUCCGGUCUGGUCGGACUGCUAAGCUUCAAGUUUGGCUCAAACCAGAUAAAGCAAUUUCCCUCUAGCCUGUGCGACAAAAUCUACAAAAAGGAACUCGAAAGCCAACACUCACCAGUGCCAAUUUACGGUGGUGGUGCAGUUCACCUGAGCGAACUGAUUGGCAGCCACAAUCAGGUGGAAUCUAUUCCCAGCUCUAUUCGACGUUUGGUAGUUUUAAAGACACUUGAUUUGAGCGACAACAAGAUUGUUCUGAUACCUAAGGAAAUUGCAGAUUGUCCCAAGUUGGCUCAGUUGCAUUUAAAGGAUAACCCAGUUAAAGAUAGGCGACUGUAUAAACUUAUUGACCAAUGCCCAACCAAGAAGGUGCUAGACUACAUUCGAGCGAAUGUCCCUGCAAGUAAGGAAGUUAAAGAGCAAGAUGAAAAGGCAGCAUCUGAAGCAAAAACAAAUAAAAGUGAGGAAGAUGACGCUCUAGAGGUGGACUUCAAGGCGACCAAAUCGAUUCACGUCCAGCAACGUCCAGAUGUUUUCAAGGUGAUUGUCACCAAGCAAAUACUUCAGCAGAGGAAAAUUGUUGCUUGCAUCCUCCACAACAUCGAUUUGACAAAUCCAAAAGUGAUGAAGAAGUUUAUUCAAGUUCAAACGAAACUGCACCAGGGAAUUUGUGAUAACCGACAGAAGGCGACCAUUGCGACGCACGACCUAUCAAAGAUUCUUCCGCCUCCCAUUACAUUUGCCUCAACACUGGCUACAGCUGGCAAACCUGCUGCUGUUCAGCCUCCUUCUGAGCAGCCGAGGGUCGCCUACUUUGAUGGUCGCGUACCAACAAAGAUUCGACUGCAACCACUCGGACGAGCCACCGAGAUGACCGCAAUGGAGAUGUACCGUACACUGAAUGAGGAAGCGGAUGCGUACCGUAAGGAGAAGAAGCGAAACACCAUUUCCGGUGUUCACAAGUACCUGCACUUGCUGAAAGGCAAAGCGCUGUACCCGGUGCUGUUGGACUACACUAAAGAGAAGGUUAUCUCCCUGCCGCCGCUGACCAAUGCUGACUAUACAAAGAUCGCUGCAAAUACCACUGACGUUUUUGUGGAGGUUACCGGCCUGAGUGUGCCCGUCUGUCGUGAAGUUAUGAACGAACUGAUCAAGCAGUUCCUCUUGAUUGAAGCGGAAUCCUCAGAGGAGGAAUCCGGGACGACGACUAUGGAGACGAUUGUGCCGGCACAACAAGAUGGCACCGCUGGCUCCUUACUGAUUGAACCGGUAGUUGUGGAAACUGUUGAGGGCGAACUGGUGGUCAAGUACCCAGCUAAAAUUGAUUUGCAAUUCGAUAACUACACUGUGGAAUUGGUUUCUGCAAAGUCGCGAUAA